UUCCCUGGUGGUCCAGUGGUUAGGACUCUGAGCUUCCAUUGCAGGGGGCGUGGGUUCAAUACCUGGUUGAAGAUCCUGCAAGCGGUGCAGUGCGGUGCGGUGCGGUGCGGCCAAAAAAAAAAUUAUUUUUUGAAGAUUCCAUAAGGUAGUAUGUAAGGGAUGACUAUAAAGUUCUUCUAUUCAAAUGAGAGAAUAUAUGCCCAACUGAGUAUUGUCUUCCAAAGCAUCCCUAUGGAUGGUUGUCUACUUACUCCUCAGCAGCUCCCAGAGGUGAGGGUGGGAGUCAAGGCAGACUGAUGCCUCCUGUCAGUAAGGACUGAUGUGGAGAGGAAGAGGUCUUGGAUACACAGGAAAUGCCAGGAAGGCCUCUGUGUAUUUCCACAAGUGGUGGAGAGGGAACACAGACAAUCCUUUACAGACUUCAGAAAAAAUGGGCACCAAAGAGCUCCCAAUUGUUGUUAGAUAGGGAAGGGAAAAUUAGUAAUGAAGGAGUACAGUAACCCUUCAGCUGAGAUGGUAACCAGCUGAUUAUGUAAAAUGUUUGUCAGCCACGCAUUUGGAAACUCCCUCUAUUCUUGAAAAGCCCUAGAAAUUUGCAUUUAAUGAAAUUCACUUAUACUUUCCCAUUGACGCACAGUUUAGAACUAUAAUGUAUACCUGUUUUAAAAAAUUAUGGUUGAAAGAGAAAAUGUAUUCAUACUUCUGAAGAGAACAUGACUUUUAAUCCACAUAACUAAAGACAAAAAGCACUUUUUAAUUCCAGAAUACCAAAACAAAAACAACAACAAAAUCCUCAAGACUGUAGAGAUACCUGUGUGUUCUUCCAGGUAAUUUAAAUUGACAAUCAAUUAACAGAUUAGAGUUUAGUGCUAGGUAAACAUUACAUGUUCAAAUCCCAAGCAGAGAUUAAUUUGCUCUCUUCUAGGGUCACACAUUUCAUGCUGAGCCCCAGCCUGCUGUUCUCCUACUAUAUGCUAAUGUUUACAUGGGUCUCAGUCACCUUAGUUGAAACACUGAAAGCUUAACCUUUUAGUGGAUAGAAGCCUCAGCUAAGUAGAAUAUUAAGUAAAGUUAUCAUUCUACUACAAAACACUUUAAUUGGGAAAGAAUCAUGUAAAUAAGAUAGACAAUAUUUUCCUACUUUGGGCUAUAGAUUAAUUGAUCAAAACUAAAUUGGCUAAAAUGUGAAAGAGCUGAAAAUAAGUAUUUCUGUCAUUGGUUUUCCACACAUCAGUAAUUUUUGCAUACAUGGGUUGGCUCUCUUUGUCUAUUAAUCAUAACUUUUUUUCCAAAAUUUCUUUUUGUAAUUUUUAUAAAGCCUGGGCCCAUGUCCUUUUUAGCAUUUUUGUUUAUUUUUCAGAUUUUUUUUCUUGCUUGUGGGGCAAUCUCUUAGUGAAAUUCAAAGUUUUCUAGAGGAUGUCCGCAGACGACCGGCACCUGGUCUCCAGCUGCGGCUCCUUCAUCAAGACCGAGCCGUCUAGCCCGUCCUCGGGCAUCGAUGCCCUCAGCCACCACAGCCCCAGCGGCUCGUCCGACGCCAGCAGCGGCUUCGGCCUGGCCCUGGGCGCCCACGCCAACAGUCUGGACUUGCUGCCCAUGUUCGUGGGCACCGGGCUGGGAGGCACCCCCUACCGCAAGGGCUACGAGGACUGUGCCGGCGGCAUCAUGGAGGACUCUGCCGGCGGCAUCAUGGAGGACUCUGCCGGCGGCAUCAUGGAGGACUCGGCCAUCAAGUGCCAGUACAUGCUCAACGCCAUCCCCAAGAGCCUGUGCCUCGUGUGCGGGGACAUCGCCUCCGGCUACCACUACAGCGUGGCCUCCUGUGAGGCCUGCGAGGCUUUCUUCAAGAGGACCAUCCAAGUGAACAUUGAGUACAGCUGCCCACCCACCAACGAGUGUGAGAUCACGAAACGGAGGCGCAAGUCCUGCCAGGCCUGUCGCUUCAUGAAAUGCCUCAAAGUGGGGAUAAUGCUGAAGGAAGGUGUGCGCCUUGACCGAGUGCGUGGAGGCCGCCAGAAAUACAAGCGCCGGCUGGACUCGGAGAGCAGCCCGUACCUGAGCUUACAGAUUUCUCCUCCUGCUAAAAAGCCAUUGACUAAAAUCGCCUCCUACCUGCUGGUGGCUGAGCCGGACAAACUCUACGCCAUGCCACCCCCUGGCAUGCCAGAGGGUGACAUCAAGGCUCUGACCACUCUCUGUGAUCUGGCAGACAGGGAGCUCGUGGUCAUUAUUGGCUGGGCCAAGCACAUCCCAGGCUUCUCCAACCUCUCUCUGGGGGACCAGAUGAGUCUGCUGCAGAGUGCCUGGAUGGAGAUCCUCAUCCUGGGCAGCGUGCACCACUCACUGCCCCAUGACGACAAGCUGGUAUAUGCUGAGGACUAUAUCUCGGACGAGGAGCGCUCCCGCCUCGCAGUACUGCUGGAGCUCUACCGGGCCAUCCUACAGCUGGUGCACAGCUACAAGAAGCUCAAGGUGAAGGAGGAGAUUGUGACGCUCAAGGCCCUGGCCCUGGCCAACUCAGAUUCCAUGUACAUCGAGGAUCUGGAGGCGGUCCAGAAGCUACAGGACCUGCUGCAUGAGGCGCUGCAGGACUACGAGCUGAGCCAGUGCCACGAGAAGCCAUGGAGGAUGAGCAAGUUGCUGCUGACGUUGCCCCUGCUUCGGCAGACAGCUGCCAAGGCCGUGCAGCACUUCUACGGCCUCAAACUGCAAGGCAAGGUGCCCAUGCACAAACUCUUCCUGGAGAUGCUGGAGGCCGAGGUCUGA